AUGAUAAACCUCUUUCUGGGCCUUCCAACACCAAUAUAUUUGCAACAGAAGCAGCCCAAAUACAACAUCCUCUGGAGACAAGAUCCAUAUCAUCGGAGCCCUGUCCCGGCCAAAUAUCUCCAUGGCCAAGAUCACGCUCUAUACCAAAAUUGGAGACAAGAAGCCGCACGUGUAAGGACCAUCCAAUAUGCAGCAGGACUUGCUUCAGUCAGUGCAAAAUUGAGAGCGAAUCAAUGUGAAACUUGCGCUGCUGAGCGGACUCUACCAGACAGGACACCCCGCAUCACACCGGAUCGGGCACGACAGGACUUAAGUGGCGGCCGUUUGCCGUUGCCAUCUCCAGAUGCGCUUCUGCCGCAGGUGACGUAUCAGCGCUGCUUAACGGACGGGUACACGCUGCUACAAAAAGGGCCUUCAUGUGCUUAUAGUCUCCAGCAAUCUAUCUCGUCCACUCAAUCUCUCAUUCAUCUACUAUUUUCGACGUUUUGCAAAAUCUUCUGUGCCAAUUCGACCUUGAUAUCAGUCAACAUGCCUGGAUCACUUCUCGACUAUGUCUUCAACAAAGCUCUUUCUAAGAGCAUCCCCUUCUACAUCACCGAGUCUGGCUCCGGCUUCAAGCGCCUCACUGGGGCCACCGAUACGCAAGUGAGGAGGAAUCUUGCUCUUUCAGAGACCAAAGCGGCCUUUGAGGGAGGCAAGCUCUUCACGGACGACAACAUAAACGCCAUGGAUCAGAUCACCAUCUCAUAA